AUGACUCCACCCUCUCUUCCUCUUUGCCUUCCCCUUUGGCCCGCCCCCCGCGGCUGGGGCGGAGGCAAGUGGGACCUACUCCUCUCCAACCUCGGCACCUCCGCCAUGCACAUGCAGCUCCUCCACACCGACCGCGUCGUCAUGUUCGACCGCACUAAUUUCGGCUCCUCCAACAUCUCCCUCCCCGAGGGCGAAUGCGUCCACGACCGCCUCGACUGCACCGCCCACUCCGUCGCCUCCAACUCCGUCCGCCCCCUCACUCUCUCCACCAACAUCUGGUGCUCCUCGGGUGCCGUCCUCCCCCCUGGCGGCAACGGUAACAAUAACAACUACUCAUGCAAUUGGCAAGAAACCACAAAGGCACUCUCUCAGAGAAGGUGGUACGCCACCAGCCAUAUCCUCCCAGACGGCCGCCAGAUCAUAGUCGGCGGCCGAGGCAAGUUCAACUACGAGUUCUACCCCAAAAAAAGCGCGGGGGAGGGCUCCUACAACCUCCCCUUUCUUUACCAGACUUUCCAGUCUGGUAAAGAAAACAGCCUCUACCCCUUUGUCCUCUUAAAUAUCGACGGAACCUUAUUCAUUUUCGCCAACAAUCGCGCUAUAUUGUUCGACCACAUGAACUCCAAGCUCAUCCGGACCUACCCCACCCUACCCGGUGGGACCCCAGGAACUACCCCAGCUAGGCUCUGCGCCCCCACAUGCUCUUACGAAAGAGCAUACAAUAAUCGCGAUUUUGUAGAAGCUCUCAACACGUGUGGGAGGAUCCGGAUAAACGACCCGGAUCCACAGUGGGUCAUGGAGACCAUGCCGUUGGCUCGGGUCAUGGGUGACAUGCUGUUGCUGCCUGAUGGAAAUGUUUUGAUUAUCAACUGUGCUGCUUUUGGCACCGCGGCCUGGGAACUGGGCCGUAGCCCGGUUCUGUCGCCGGUUCUCUACUACCCAGACAAUCAACCCGGGUUGAGAUUCGAGGUCCAGAACCCGACCACGACCCCCAGAAUGUAUCACUCCUCCGCCAUAUUACUCCGCGACGGCCGAGUAAUCGUCGGCGGAAGCAAUCCUCAUGAGUUUUACAACUUCACUAACGUGCUGUUUCCAACGGAUUUAACUCUCGAGUCGUUUUCACCGCCAUAUUUGGAUCCGCAGUUCGGGUAUCUUCGGCCGUGGAUCCUUUCGCCUGUAUCCGGAUCCGAGGUCGGGUAUUGGCAGGAUGUUAUGAUCCGGUUCAGCGUCGGGUCGGGUCGAGUGGUGAAGAUUAAAAUCAUGGUGACAAUGAUUGCGCCGGCAUUUGCGACUCACUCAUUCUCGAUGAAUCAAAGGCUGCUGAUUCUCGACGGUUGGGAUGUGAAGGCGGUCGGGAGAUCCAAGUACCAGCUUCGGGUCAGAAUGCCGGGUUCGGGUAAUUUUGCACCGGGUGGGUAUUACCUUCUGUUUGUGGUUCAUAGAGAUAUUCCGAGUGAGGGAAUCUGGAUCCAUAUUAGUUGAUGAUA